AUGCUGCUGAGUUGGAUGGACGUUCUCGUCUCAACCCUCACCUCUCCAUUUUCAUGUCGUACCCACAUCUGCUUCAUUCGAAAUACGGACUGCCUCAUUGGGCAUCCUAGUCGGUUCAUAGCAGGGCUCAGGGACAUCCUGCGACAGAUGCACGAGUCGAUGACGGACGUAAGCUACGACAUCCCGCGCUCCAUGCUGUGGAGCGUCAUUGUCGCGGGCGACAAGUACAGCUUCAAGUUCGAUCUCCUGACGGGGUGGUUCGAGGAGUGGUAUAACAGGAACGAGCGCGACGAGGAUCUGGCUCGCGAUGAGGGCAAGUCAGCGCAGGAGCUUCUCUUCCCCUUCUGGGCGUUUGAGCACAUCAAGGGCUUUCUGCGAGUGACGAGGUGGCUCGUCUACAAUCGGACGUCGCAUAUCGUCGAGAGUAAUCCGACGAAGCUCAAGCAUAUCCAUCUCCCGUCGAGGGUUAUUCAACAACUGAACAGUGCACGAGGACGACUAAAGGCCGUCCUCCACGACCAGCUGUGGCAGCCCAUCGAGCGUCCCUUGACAAGCGGUCCAUGCAACUGCAAAGAGAAGACCCUCUUCGAGUAUCAGAAAGCGAUGCUGAAAGCCAAGGUGUGGCCGCUCGAGCGGACGUUCGCGCACACGAGCGUCAGCGAGAUCCUCUUCCGGCUUACGCAAAUCACGUAUGAGGGAGAACCGGACAGCUGCGACGAUAGCCGCAUCGACUGCAGGCAGGUCGUCCAGAAGACGGUGCGCGAGACGGGUAAAUAUUUUGACAGCCUGUGUCUGCGAUGCAUGUACAAGACGACAGCCACAGGCCCGCGGCGGUCCGACGACGACUAUUGGACUCACCAUCAGCACAGGGACUGGGACGAGACGUGUCGUGGGUACGGCAUCCGACACGGCCAGGCGACGUGGUACUACUCGUACAUGGGGAGCACGCCGCACAAGGAUGCCCGGGAGGCCUGGUACGAGAAGCGGCGCUUCGAGUCGUCCUUCUUUUAUCCGUAUUAG